GAUCCAAAGGAUACACGACGCUUAAAAUAUUAUAGAUAUAGGUAUACAGAAGGAAAGGCGAACUCGGCGAACGCCGAAGACUGGGAGAAUUUCGAAAGCCGCCUACGAAGUGCUGUUCUAUUUAAACAAAUUAGACCAGAAAAAGGUACACCCAUCAAUGAGAGCCCGCAACUAUUUCCGAAGUUUAAGA